ACACUGAUACAUCCCUGCAGCAACGGCCGUCAAACCGUUGGGGAUGGGGCUUUCUACACCGACAUGACUCCCAGUGUGCUUGCUGUGUGCCGCGUCCAGGGCACCAGCGACAUGUACUACUACUCUACCACGUUCUCGGGCGGACCAGGGGUGAGUCUCCUCUUAUCUAGGCUAAACUUCGUAUUUAUUCUAACAUUCUCUUUCCAGUGGCGCUUUUGA